GAGCGCGCCCCCCCCCCCCGCCCCGCACCAGGUACCCCUUGCUUGGCUCUUCCUUCCGGCCCCCUUCCCCUCAAGAGCUCCACUCAUAGCACAGCUUCACCAUUCACCCAGUGGCAGGCACAUUCCUUCUGCUCUCCGCCUGGACGUCCUCACCCUAGAAGGGACUUCUCUGCAUCCCGUACCCCAAGACUAGUGGAGGGGCCCUUCUGGGCACAUUGCUAGCAUCCUGUACCUCCCCACCGCAGCACUGGCCACCUCAAAACCCCUGGCUUCUCCCCACUAAUCCCUGAAGCCUCAGCAGCGUUCGCUGCUCUCUGCUGCAUCCCCGACAUGGGCACAGCAUUGGCCUUGAGCAGGUGCUCAGGAAAUACUUGUGGAAUGAAUGAUAUGGUUGCAAAUCCUAGCUUCUCUCCUGUAUCUCAGCCUCAUAUUCCCAGCCACCUAGAGCAGUGGCACCUAAACCUAAGUGAUCAUCAGACUCCCCUGGGAGGUUUUUAAAAAAACUAAAAGUGGAAAGAGCAUCACGUGGCACCGUGUGUUCUGCGUGCUCUCAUUUGAACAUGAUGUCUCCGGAAGGCUAUGCAAGAAAUUAAGGGUAUUGGGUGGAGGGAGGCAGAAGGGAGACUUUUUACUCUACUACUUGAUUUUGUACCUUGUAAAUUAUUUACUGGUUUCAAAUUUUAAGUAGAGAACUAUUCAGGAGCCACAGUACGUAAACAAUUCAUGAGCUGAGGCAGAUGCAAGGAAUGAACUUCUCCAUUGAAUUGGUGUAUCUGAAAAACUCCCCAAGUAGGGGGACAGCCCCACUUGUAGGUACCACUGUCAUCUCAGAUGCACACGGCCCAGUGCUGGUCUCCUCGUUGACGCCUAAAACUUGCUGGUCCCCCAGCGUUCACCUAUCCAUUCUGCUCUCUCCGUGUGCAAAUCUUGUCCAUCCUUCCAAGGCCUUGACAAUAUGGGCUACAAGUGGCAUCCCGACAAGAGUCACAGAAAAUCGCAGCAUAUUUGCAGAGGCUCGGAAUCUAGGAAUGUCAAAUCUUUCGUCAAUAAAAGGAAAACAGCAGAUAAAAAUCUGCUGGUGGAGCUGUACCAGCACCCACAUAAAUUUAACAGCGCUGUGCCGAACAGGCUUCCAAAUGGGGUGAACUUCUGUGACAUGGUGGGUAAUGUGGUCCGGGCUGAGAGAAACCGCCUUAGUGGCAAGUCUUUCUGUUCCGAUAGAGAAUUAGAGAAGUUUCUCUCUUCUCCUUCUCCAAGAGCCAUAUGGCUGGAUAGCUUCUGGUGGAUCUUUCACGAGAGGUACCAGCCAAACAAGGAGAUCCAGAAUAAGUUGUUCGAUCGGAUAUCCCAACACUACGCGUCUCUCUUGUUGCAUGAAUCCAAAUCCCACUAUGAAGAGGCUCUCUUGAAAAGGCUGCCAUCUCUUCUGAGUAAAGCCCUGUACACCAGCUUCUGUUGCUGCUUCCCACAGUCCUGGUUCAACACGCACGAUUUCAAGUCGGACAUCUGCAACACAAUGAGCCUAUGGAUUUCGGGUAUAUAUCCUUGCCUACAGAGCUAUAACAGCUGGGACUACUCGGAACUAGAUCCAGAGAGAUUCCGGAGAGAAGAAUUAAUUUUGCAGAGAAAACGACUGUUAAAGAGAAGAGAGUUUCCUUUGUCCACUUCUAAGAGCUGUGCCUUCCAGAAGUCUACCCAGAGCAAGGAAGCCCAGGGCCCGAAGUCUUCCUGUAUAAAUUCAACCACGGAGAAAGGUCCUGUGGCCCAGAAGAAAUCACGGGAUGGCUCACAAACACAGAAUGCCACGAAAGAGAAUCACUGGCAGACUCUGGUCUUGAGGAAAGCUGCAAAACAAGUCAAGAGGAUAUCAGAAGCAAGAGAAUUUGAGAAUAUGCUUCCCAAGCAGUCUUACCCAGCCUGCAAAAGCCCCGAGCCGACUUUGAACUUCUUCAACAUUUACGGGAAGAGCCCUCUGAUUGUGCACUUCCUCCAGAACCACGCCAGUCUGCAACAGCACGGCAAAGACGUGUUGAUAGUCAGAAGGGAAAAAACCAAGAGCAUCCCUGAGUCCAUCCUGACGUACGCCGAGGUCAUCGAACUGACCCUGAUCAACAUGAAGAAGCGGAAGGAAAACCUUCGUGUGCUGAACUGGCUCCACUGGAAUGAAUGGAGUUACUUUCACGAAUACCUAAAGGCACUACAAGAAAACUUCCUCAGGGAGGUGAAGAAUAUCGAUCAAAGAGCAUUGGAUCAAAAGAAGGCAAAUCGCAUGUUCAUCCAACCUUCAACCUUCAUUGAAGAGUCCCCCGACAAGAAAUUUAGAGGAAACCAUGAGAGGGAGAUGGCGUUUAUUUCAAGGAAGGACACCAAGGAGUCAAAACCAACUCAGAAAAAGGAAGUCAGUUUCCAUAACCCCUCACCUUCUAACACACCUGGAUGAAUCCUUAUCCAAGAAUUGGAAGAACUUUUGGCUGAAGCCUGCCCAUGUUGUUGGGUUUCAUCUAAAACAGAAACAACAACAA